CAUGAAUAUUAAAAUGGUUAAAAAAAGAAACCAGGCAGAAAUUGUUUCUAGGAUGGCUCAGGGUUUGCCAGCAUUUAGGCAACUCAGAGUGAGGUCCAGUCCUGCUUACCUUAGAUUCAGAGAGGAUAUCACAAAAAGACCCACAUCGAACAAAAAUCCAACUCCUUCUCCACCAUAUACUCCUCUCACAUCUCGAGGUCAACUACAUAGAGAAAAAAUCGACUCAAAAUUAUCCUCUCACUCAUCUCACGACGAGUCUUUUCAUCGCUUGAAUGGCCGGGGAACAACCGUCUCGGACGAAUCAGUAAGUCUUGGGAUUGGAAAUUGCGGAGAAGCUCUACCCCCUAUUAAUAACCGUCCUGCAUCUGGUUUAUCAAGUGGUCAAAUAGGAAAAUUAGUUGAAUCAAAUGGGAGACGUUCAUCACUAUCCAGGAAACAGUCUCCUAAAAGGAUUGUCAGGAGAACACCAUCGAACUCGAAUCUCGCAAGAAUGGAAAGGCAGAAUACAACACUCACUCAAAAAACAAGCAGGAAUGUCCAGCUAACUAAAUAUCCAUCAGAACAGUCUUUACAUAAAAGCCAUGUUGCACGUCGGGCUGGCGGUACCCAAAAUAAACAAAAAGGGCUUAAACACUCUCAGUCACAGCCCGACUUUUUGGUGGAGAAAAACGAAAAUUCUCUCCACAUUGAAUCUGAUCAAAAAAGAAGAAUAUAUGAGUGGCUCGAGGAAGUAAAUAAGAAGGGGGAAAGACCACCAACACCUGUUAUAGUUCAUGAGGAUGAGCCUCCCCAAAAAGAUACAGCUAUUCAUAUUGUAUAUCAGGGAGAUGACGAAACAGAAAGGACGUUCUAA